GGGUGGUGGUGGUGGUGGUGGUGGCGACAACGACUUUACCCCUAUUGCGUUGUUGUUGUCCGCGCGUUCUCUUCAUGUUGUCUUCGCAAAUCUAAUAUUUACAUAUCGCUCGUGCAGUCGAUUACUCUGAGGAAACACGAAAACCAAGCCGAGGAGCUGCGGCUCUCAUGUUAAACUCCACCAGAAUGAACCGAUCGAUGGUCGAGGAGAACGGUGAUGCCAAAAACUCAUCUUACGUCAAGCAGGAGGCUGUCAGCUAUGGAUAUGACACGUCGUAUCUUAAUUAUUCAACCACAACAUCAACUCCAACAACAAUUAAUCACCAGCAGCCCUUGCCUGGACAGCCCCCUUUGCCACCGAUGCCACCACCCCAGGGAGCUGUACCACCACCUCCCAGUGUGUUUGGGCCUGUUCCGACUCAAGUCACUCAAAUCCACAGUUGGCCACAUGCUCCUGCUGCCUGGCAAUGGAUAACUCCGCAAGCGACCCCCUUACCCCCACAGUCCCCCAGAGACAUUGCUGCAGCGGCUGUAGCGUAUCAGCAGCAGAGGGAUAUGCCAAUGAGAAAUAAUUAUGUGAAAAGAGAGAGAUUCAAUCACAAUCGAAACAAUGUCUAUCAGCAGAGGGGUAAUUUUCACAGAAAGAACAGAAGACGCUAUGACCAGCAGUCGCAAAACCACUUUGAUCAGGCUUCAUAUUUUGGAGCAGCGUUGACAAACAGUCUUGGAUUAGAUUGGCAGAGAAACAACGAAGCUUUAAUGGGCCACAUGCCGUUACCUAUGCAAAAUCAACUACCUCACAUGACAGCUGCAGUCGGUGGUGCCAGAAGACCAGAGGAGUCUACAGAUCAAGAUAUCAAGGAAGAAGUUGUAAUUAAAAAAAAUAAACAGCGCAAACCAAUGUCACAAAGUUACCCAAGCCGUCCUUGGAAUCGGGAUGAUGCAGAAAGAGCACUCAAUAUAGAAAAUGAAUACAACAAAACAGUGAAAGCACAGAGUUUGAUAAUUAAAUUUCCUGAUCCAGACUUAAAUAAAGACAUAGUCAGAGAAUUUCAUCCAGGAAUACAAAACAUACAUUUCCAAAGUCCAAGUGGACCCAGGUACUGCUUUAUACAGAUGGCAGAGAAUAUUGAUAUCGAUCAAGCAAUCAAAGAAUUAGAGAAAAUUCCAUUUGGCGUUGGACACUUAAAAGUAGAACGAAAAUCCUUAAGAGACGAAGAUAAUCCUACUCCUGAGGAAAUCGAUCCUUACACGUUGUACAUAGGUAAUUUGCCAGAAUCGGUUAAUGUAAAUGAAGUAAAAAGUAAAUUUCCUACAGCAGCAAGAGUUGAUGUGGGAUAUGCUCAAAAAAUGCGAAACACGCGAUAUGCUUUCAUAAGAUAUAAUAGUGUAGAUGAAUCUAUAGCAGCAUACAGGCAAGCACAUGAUUUAAUGUGGGAUACCAGAAGUAUUAUAGUUAGAUUUAGGAGACAACGUGGCAAUACCUGUCUUCCUGGUGAACCAAAAUCAAAUCCAAAGAAAAAUAAAGAUGACGUUUCUGCGAAGGUUGCAUCAACUACUAAUAAUGAAAAAACAAAUUCAGAGAAAACAGAAGACAAAGACAACAACCAUAUCGCAAAUUUAAGUAAUGACAGAUUAGAAAAAGAGACAACAGAUGUCAGAGAUUCUGCAGAGAGUAGUAGUCCAGCAAAGGUUUCUGAAUCAUCAACAGCAGUUACCUGUUCUGUUACACCUACAAAAAUACAAGAUUCUAGUAUAACAAUAGAGUCAGAAAGUAUUACACAAGAUGAUACCACACUUAUAACAGAGAUAAAAGAAGAACCAAUAGAUUAUGAUGAAGCCAAUGAAAUGUCUAUGGAAGAAGAUGAUGAUGAUGACGAUGAAGAGGAAAUAUAUAAUCAAGAACCAGAAGAUGACGAAGAUAGUGAUUUCGAUGACGAUUUAAGUAGUUUGAAACCAAUACUUGAUGAAGAUUGUAAAAAAGUAUCCAAAGACGACAUUCCAUCAGAUCAUCUGGACAGAAUGUUCAAUGAUCUAGAAAAUAUUGCGGGUGAUAUUGAAUUUUAAUGUUAUAGAUAAGUCGAAUUUUCUGCAACGGUCUUCUCCUUGAUAAAACCAAAUCUUACGACACUUAAGUUUACUAUAUUUUGUAAAUAGUAUUUGCAAAUGUAUUAUAUGAAUGGUCAUAAAAACUUCAAUAUUGUGAAAUAUCGACUAAUGAUAGUGAGUCUGUAGACGUUCAAUCAACUUUUAUAAAGUACUUUAAAUUUUAAAUGCAAUGUAUACUUAUGUCUGCUCCAUGCAUACAUUGAGAACAUGUGUAUAUCUAUCUCUAGAUACUUAUAAUAGAAAUUAAAUUUUUUAUUUUAUAUAUUA